CUUAUUGUGGUGUAUCCCCUUCUCUCCUGUUUUCUGUAUAUUUCCUCUUAAAAAAACGUGUGAAGUUGACGGCAGCAUCUCUCUUCCAUCAGGGUGUGUUAAUCGUUCCAAAUUAAUGCAAGUCAAAAGCAUACAACCUAAUCUUCAUUCACCAAAGCCUCCCACUGACUCCCGGAAGCAAGAAGAAAUGACUGGAGCCCUGGCGCGGAGGAUGCGAACAGGCCAGCAAGGCUGUAAAACAGUUGAAGAGGCUGAGGGCCAGCUCUGCCAAGCGGAGGGCACAUUGUUGCUGCGCCACACAGGGCACAGAGGGCCCCGCUACGACCAUCAAGGCGUGGUUCUGCCCCACAGCAUUCUGGGUAACCUGCAGGACUUCAAGAGUUAUUUGGAGACCAGGGGAGAGACUGAGUCAGUCCGGAGGCUGCGGGAGACCACCACAGAGGCUCUGAGUGGACCCUCCUCCUCUGCCCCGGGGGGGGGGCACGCAUACAGAGGGGCUGAGGACAGAGGCGGCGGGCUCUCUGCCGGCCAGGCACACACCCAGAGCCACGCCCUGCAGCACUGGAGCACACACAUGAGGCAGCGGCGACGGCAGCAAGAGUCUCUAGCCAAGUCGCUCCACAGGCCGAAGGACUGGUUGCUGAUGAACCGAGCCAACAGCUUCCGGAGGAUUCAGGAGCAGCGAGAGCUUCUGAGCCUCGUCCUGCCAGCCAUACAGCCAGGACAUGGCUACCGUGUGGGCAGUGAGUUCUGGUCCCAGCCCGAGUGCUUGGGGGACGAGGUGGGCGGGAUCGUGGCCACCCUGACUCGUAGCCAGCGGGGCCAGCGGGAGUCCUUGGUCCGCGUAGGACAACCACGCAGCGUCCAGCAUGAGUCAGGGAAUGUGGUGUCAGAGAAGCAUGGUCCCGCCCCUAAAGGGUGGAACCAGAGUGAAUACCUCCAGCGACAACAGCAGCAGAUCCAGCCGCUUCUCAAGGAGCGGGACCUUGAAGCGCCCGACAUGGAGCACUUGGAGGUGAUAGGCUCCGCCAGGCCCGUCACACGUGUUUCAGUGCCUCCCAAGCCCUUGCACCGCGAAGAGGAAGCGCGGGAGAAGGCGACGACAGAGAAGCGAGAUCCAGGGGUGCAGGAUGAUGGUGAUGGUGAUGGUGAUGGUGAUGAUGAUGAUGAUGAUGACACCACCGUGAUGCCGGUCCCUGCCUUGAUGUUCUGCGGCCAGAGAGCCCACUGGACCGGCAGCUCCUCCUCCCAUCAGGGCCAGCUGGGGAUCAGCUCCAGGAUGGGCUUUGAGGUUGUGAUCGGGGCGACGGCCCGCUCGCACCUGCUGCUGCGUAACCAGGGCAACAGCGCCCUCUACUACACCUGGCAGCGGCUGGAGCUGCCUCGCUGCUUCACCGGCACGCCCCGCACAGCGCGGCAGAGCGCCAGCCCGCACUUCUACUUCAACUCCUCCAUGGGUGUGAUUCUCCCAUGCGAGACGCAGCAGGUGGACUUUAUGUUUAAAUCGGACACGCCUGGAAUCAAGUGUGAGCUUUGGCAGCUCAACACCCACCCCGUGCUGCUGGGAGGAGCCGCCAUGCAGCUCACACUGAGGGGAGUGGCCCUGGACCAGGACACCAACGCAGACCACAGGCUGGGCCUAGAGGUAGCCUACUGACCCCAGACCACAGGCUGGGCCUAGAGAGGGAGUUGGAGAGGAAAGCGAUGGUUAAAGUGUGCCAGUCGUUGGUCUCCGAGGUGUUGCGGGGGGUCACGACCCCUGAGAGAGCCAGCUCACCUGCAGAGCUCUACAUCACCGAAGACCAGGAGUUCCUCUGGAAG